CCGACCUUUGCCGAGACAGGAAAUCCCAGGGACUGCCAACGACUAGCCUUUUGUUUCACAAAUUGAACAAAUCUCUAAGUUGAGGUUGCAACCCAAAAGAGAGUGAAGCCUGGGCAGAGCAACAAACGGCAAGAAGCCAUAAAGGCCAACCUCUCCUUUACCUUUCUCCAGAACGAAAGGAGUUGGAGUUUCUGCUCAGGAAUGGAGCUGGAGGUAUUGGUAGAGGAGGACGUGGAGGAGGAGGAGGAUGAGGAGGACGAGCAAGAGGAAGUGGCUGUCCUGCGUUACGAGAGGCAGAUCACAGAGUUACUUGUUGUUAUUCUCAAGCUGAACAAAAAGAUCGACAGAUUGACUCUCACCACCAGCAGGGUAGACGAUGAAUAUCUGGAAACCUGCUCCGAUCUCAGUGACAACCUAUACCCAGAGAGCAGGAUGUUUCAAUUUCCAGACCAGGGCCUCUCCACAGAUUCCAGCUGUCCUGGACAGCCUUGUCCAACCUCAUUGCUAGCAGGUGAACCCUGCGACCUCUCGGGGGCGCUGCACCAGGUGCUGACAGAAAUCGAGGACACUGUGCACACGUGGAGAGCUGAAAUCCCACACCGUGGUGACGUCUCUGAGGAAAAGGAGGCUACCCUCGCACGCUGGGAGCUGGUCGCUCAAACAAUCGAGGAGGUGGAACGGGAGCUGGACAUUGACCUGAGCCCAGAGCUACGGGAGGAGAGGACGAAGUGGGAGUUGGACAUGGAGUGCCUGAGGGAGAAGAACCAGCAGCUCAGAGACCAGCUCCACGGGAAGGAGCAGGAGCUGCAGUCUACCAUGAUGGCUGUUGGCAGGAUUCAACGGGAGAGGGACAAGCUUCGUCUCAAGGCUGAUGAGUUGCUGUCGUCUCUCCAGAACGUGCAGCAGACUGAGAGAGACUCUUCACCUCCCAGUGUUACAGGCAGCACUGGAUCCGACACCAUUGGCAAUGAGAUCGAGGCGCCGGUGAACAAAGAUCCUGGCUUUGCCCUUGAACGAUUGAUGCAGUCAUUCCAGAAUUGUUCAGGCGUGCAGGAGUUCUCCCGAUUCCUUCUGACACACAAAUCCAAUGUGGUCGGAGUCAGGAUUCAAGGCUCAGAAAUGGAAGUGGAUCAGCUGAAGAAUUCCAUCGGUGAGUGGAAGGAACGCAAUAACCUCCUGUCCCGGGUUCUUCAGGAGUGCAAGGGUGACUGCGAGAGGCUGAGUAUGUUACUGGGGAAGCACGAAUCAAAUAGCACUGCACUGAACCUUGCUCUACAGUACAGUGAGGACUGCAUCGAGGCCUAUGGAAAACUUCUGGUCAAGGCUGAAACCGUAGGAAGACAACCGGAUGCAGGGGAGCCAGAAGUUGACAGCAGUAUCGCCCAUCUGAGAGGAGACAUUGUCAAACUAAGGCAGGGCUACACUGCCAUGAAACAGACCAUCAUCAAUCUGGGGGACAUUUCACCCGAUCUGAAGCGCUACCAGCAAAGUGGAAACAGUGAGAUCAUGCCAGUGGUGCGGGAUCUACCCCCACCUGGGUUCUGCUCACGUUUUCCUGGCAUGCUUCAGCAACAGAAUAAAGGGAAGGAAGAACUGCAGCAAGAUCUUCUAGCUGUCAGGGAAGAUAUGUCCUGGCUGAAAAGUCAGCUGAGUUGGAUGAAGAAGGAGAAGAAAAGAUUGGAGCAGAAGCUACAAUCUCAAGACCAUCAGGAUGAAGCCAUAAACCUCCUUCUUACACAUUGGCAAGAACAGCGGGAUGAAUGGUUGCAGGAGGACCCCAGGACAGACUGUGUUAGGCAGGAAACCAAGUCAGCAAUGCAUAAGGAGGAGCUGGUGUCUGAACCCACAAUGGUCUCCCUGCCAGAAAAGCAUCUAAGAGAUCAUAUUGAGGAGUUGGCUACAUCACUUGCAAGGCUAAUAGAAAAGAACAAUAACCAAAAGUAUCGGUCUGAGGAGCUGGCCACUGAGCUGAAGAAUACUCACAGCAACUUGUGUGCAGCCUUCAGAAGGACCAAGAAGAAGUACGAGAACCAGCUGAACAAACUGGAGUCACAGGUGGAUGCCAUGUCUGAGCGCCAGGCUGCCCAACUUCAAAUGCUGGAGCAGAGACUGAUGAGCCUUCAACAGAAGCUGGACCAUAACAAUGGCACACCACUGUAGCUGAGAUCGAAAGACCACACCUGGGACACCUGGGCAGUCUCCGCACACUGAAAAGUUUGAGUAUUUUAAGUUCGCCAUCAACAGAUUGUAUGAGAGAGUGACGUCCGUGGGUCUAGUAGGAGAUUCAAUGAAUGAGAUAGUGUAGCGUAUCCUUGGCCAUUAGGGAGAAAGUCAAUGACUGGUUUUAGGGAACAGAUUCAAGGGUUGUUCCCUCCCUAAGCCUUCACAAUUUUCCCCUUUAAGAAUUUAUCGAGUUCCAUGCAGGAAGUUCUUUUUCUUGAAACCGCAUCCACUGCCAAGCACAGCAUUGUGAUUUCAACAACCAGCUGUCUAAAACAUUUCUCUUUCUCUCCCUUCUGAUUCUCUUGCCAAUUCCUUUCGAUCUGUGUCCCCUGGUCACAAACCCUUCUACCAAUGGAAACCGUUUCUCCCCAUUUACUCCAGCAAAUCACCAUUGAUGACAUUCAACAUCUCAAUCAGAAUUCCUCUGGUCCAAUAAAUGGUCCAGUUUAUUCCCUGGUCCACUGUGAAAGCUACUAGAUAGUUAAGACAACUACCACAUCUAAAGUUACAUUGCAAAAUAGCCCAAUAAAGCAGAAUUUUAAAAUACUUCAGUUUGCAAUAUAUAUUUAAAAUGUUACAUAUAUUAUGGGAGAGGUGGUCUAAUAAUGCUAUCAGCUGGUUUUUUGUUGGAGGGAAGGCGGGGGUAGAGCCACUAGAUGGGAUUUUUGAUGACCACCGCAAUGGGAGACUGCCACAAGCUCUAAGCAGAAGAUGCGGCUGGGCUCCCGGUUGCCAACGACACUCACCCACUGGCUGUUGACAAAAGACUAGCCCACUAGUCAUCUGGGAGACCUUUGAACUAAAAACAAUUAGACCAGUCACAUGAAUACUUUGCCUGCAAGGGAGAGUAAGAGUUUGCGUACCCUCUGUUAAAUAACUCAACCCAAAACUGAGAAGUGGCAGAUGGAGUUCAACCCAGAGAAGUGUGAGGUGGUACACUUUGGAAGGACAAACUCCAAGGCAGAGUACAAAGUAAAUGGCAGGAUACUUGGUAGUGUGGAGGAGCAGAGGGAUCUGGGGGUACAUGUCCACAGAUCCCUGAAAGUUGCCUCACUGGUAGAUAGGGUAAUUAAGAAAGCUUAUGGGGUGUUAGCUUUCAUAAGUCGAGGGACAGAGUUCAAGAGUCGAAGGGUAAUGAUGCAGCUCUAUGAAACUCUGGUGAGGCCACACUUUGAGUACUGUGUCCAGUUCUGGUCACCUCACUAUAGGAAGGAUGUGGAAGCAUUGGAAAGGGUGCAGAGGAGAUUUACCAGGAUGCUGCCUGGUUUAGAGAAUAUGCAUUAUGAUCAGAGAUUAAGGGAGCUAGGGCUUUACUCUCUGGAGAGGAGGAGGAUGAGAGGAGACAUGAUAGAGGUGUACAAGAUAAUAAGAGGAAUAGAUAGAGUGGAUAGCCAGCGCCUCUUCCCCAGGGCACCACUGCUCAAUACAAGAGGACAUGGCUUUAAGGUAAGGGGUGGGAAGUUCAAGGGGGAUAUUAGAGGAAGGUUUUUUACUCAGAGAGUGGUUGGUGUGUGGAAUGCACUGUCUGAGUCAGUGGUGGAGGUAGAUACACUAGUAAAGUUUAAGAGACUACUAGACAGGUAUAUGGAGGAAUUUAAGGUGGGGGGUUAUAUGGGAGGCAGGGUUGGCACAACGUUCUGGGCCGAAGGCCCUGUACUGUCCUAUGUUCUAAAACCUUCCCACCCACUAUGUAGACUGAUAAUAAAUUUUACUUUGAACAAGGCAUAGGAGUACUCUCCACCACUCUAGUUAAGUGCAGCCCUAACAGCUCUCAAGAAGGUCAACACCAGCCAGGGCAAGUUUGGUUACCAAACCAAACAUUUAUUUCUUCCACUAUACUGCUGUGGAGCCCUUCAGCCCAUUUGCCUGUGCUGGCUGUGAAAGCUCACCACUUACUUCCAAAGCCCUGAAAAUUCUCCCAAUUCAAGGAUCUAGCAAUGUGAAGGUUGUAGUUGGUCGGGCAGGUAGCAGCGGAUUCAAUUCUGGAGACAGGGGAUUCUGGAGUUGGGGAGUUCCAUGUUUGGAUAUGCCUGCUCUGAGAUCUCAAGCUUGUGUACAUUUAGAUGGAUAAACGUGCCCUGGAACUGCAAGAUUCAGCCCAAUUGAAUCUACUUCAUCACCCUUCAAACAAUGCACUUUGGACAGCUGGCAGAGCUACUACUCGAGUCUCAACCUGUGCUGUCCAUGUGCAAUCUGCAGGUUUUUCUGUGACAGUGCGGGCUUCCUCCACGUGCUCCACUUUCCAAACACACCCCAAAGGCAGGCAAGCUGGGAGGUCAGUUCUUGCAUGCAGGUGACUGCUGGAAGCUGGGAGGGGAUGAGAAUGGGGGGGGGGGGGAGAGGAAUUGACGAAAGUUCCUGGUCAAAAACCCUGAAGCACAUCCUUCCCUACCCCCCCCCCACCCCACCACAGACACUGCUCAGCCCCUGCUGAGUUCCUUCAGCAGACUGCUGUUGCUUCAGGUUUCAGCACCUGCAGUUUCCUCUGUCACCACUAACAUUUUUGCAUUUUGUUCCGAAAUCUUGAGUAUUAAAAAAAAUACUGAAGAAUUACAGGGCGGUAUGGCGGCAGAGCAGUUAGCCUAACAGUUUUACAGCGCUGCUGAUCGCCAGUCAGAGUUCGAUUCCUGCCACGGCCUGUAAGGAGUUUGCAAUGCUCACCCUGGGCGCUCUGCUUUCCUCCCACAUUCCAAAGAUGCACGGGUUAGGGUUAGUCAGCUGUGGGCACACUAUGUUGGCACCAGAAAUGUGGCACAAUCCUCACUGGUUUGAUUUGAAGCAAACAACACAUUUCACCGCCUGUUUCGAUGUAAUGUGACAAAUAAAGCUAAUCUUACCUA